GCCGCUGCCUCAAAACCCCCGUUAUCAGGUCUCUUAGCGCUUCCGCCACCCCAGCCGCUGUCCAACCCUUCACCGGGGGGCUGCGCAGCAUUUGGCACACCUCUGGGCGGUGUAGGCGCGCCGCACCAGCUUGUUCGAAAACAUGUUGCAGAAACCCGAGCGCGGGGGUCUCCUCAUCCUGCAGGCCGAGGGGCAGAAGGAUGGCGGUCCUGACGGUGACCAGGCCCUGACUGCCUCGCAGGAGGCGGCCCCGAGCCCCCUUUUCCUGGACAGCCCCGAAACGCCUUGGCGCGGUGAGGGGGAGGGGUCCGCAGAGCCGGUAGUCGCCCGGAAAGGCCUUGUGGCCAAAGCCUUAGCUCGGCGCGGGGCCUGUCGCCGUCUCCUUUGGACGGUGGCUGAGGUGCAGUUCCUGCUGGUGGUGACGGACAAGCAGAAGAGCGUGGAAUACGUUAGAGACUUGAAGAAUCUGUCCCCGGACAUCAUCGCUAGGGCUGCAGAACAUGUUUUUGAUUUCGAGCUGAAACAGCUUGAUGGCAAGCACCACACUUACAUCCUGAUCAGCAGCUUAGAGCCUCUUGAGGAAGAGGUGGCUCUGGGAGGAGAUGGUCCCAGAUUUGGGAGGGCCAGAUUUGGUCUUUUAAUGAUGGUCUUGGGCCUCACCUAUAUGCAAGGUAAUAGCGCCAGGGAAGCACAGGUCUGGGAGAUGCUGUGUUGCUUGGGGUUGCGUCCCUCAUAGUAUCACUUCCUCUUUGGGUCCCCGAAGAGGUUUAUGGAAGAUUACGUGCAGCAGCGAUCUCUCAAUUACGGGUAGGUGCCUCACACUAGUCCUCCAGAGCGUGAAUUCUUGAGUCCCGGAAGCAGUCUGGAAACCAGCAAGAUGAAAUUCCUGGGGUUCGUGACCAAACUCCAUUGGAAAGACCCCCAGCAGUGGCUAGUGCAGUACUGUGAGGCCCCAGUAGAGGAGACACAGGGCCAGAGCCAGCGCUAGGGCAAGCAUUCCCCCUGGUGAAGGCUGGAGGGAAGUUAGCAUGGGGUGAGGGGGACAUGCACCGACUGUCGUGGGUCAUAUGUGUAGUAUAGAUGGUACAAUUCAUAGAACUUGUAUUUGUGUAAGGAGGAUUUGAGUUUUGUAUCUUGUUACGAUUGUUAUAUUUAAUGUAUAUACUGUUAAUUGAUGCUUAUA